UUUCCCUUUCGGGACGUGACGCGGCUUCCAGGAACCCGGGGCGGUGGCGAAGGAGCACGAAAGCGCCGGGCAGGAGCGGUCCCACCCCGCCCACCACCCCGCCGCGCGCCAUGGCGGCCUCCGACACGCAGGGGGCCGCCCCGAAGCUGCGGUUCGCGCCGUGGCUGCUCAGCGCCGUCGACAGCGGGAGGUUCCACGGGCUGCGAUGGACCGAGCCUGGCCGAGCCUUCCGCGUCCCCUGGAAGCACAACGCCAGGAGGGACCUCACCCGCACAGACCUCGAGGUCUUCAAGGCCUGGGCAGAGGCGAGUGGGCGGUAUGAGGGGUGCCCUGAGCAACCAGCCAAAUGGAAGACCAACUUCCGCGGUGCCCUGACAAGUACUGGCAUGUUCAAGCUGCUGGAGGACAAUUCCAAGUCUGGUGAUGACCCGCACAAGGUCUUCACCAUUGUUUCCGGCAAUCAUGGGCCCACAAAGGGCUGUGUUGGAGAUGAGAUGGAGCUCAACCCCGAAGAUGUACCCCCAGAAAUCACCCUCCCAGGCAGCACCGACCCCACACAACCCCUAAUGCUGGAGGACAUGGAGAUAUUGCAACAGGUGCUGCAGCUGUGCAACAUCUCCAGCCGUGACCUAGAUUCCCCAGCCCCAUCCUGGGUGCCUGCAGGGGACAUCCGCCACCAAAACACCCUGCUCCAGCCUCACCCAGAUCUCAGCCAAAACAGCUGCUUUCCCCUGCCAGCACAUCAGCAAUGGUUGCCCAUGGCAGAGGAGCCCCUGUUGGGUGCCUGUAGCAACCUGGACCCCAUGCUGAUGGAGGAGAAAGGGGCCAUGCUACCACCGUGCCACACACCAGAGGUCACGGUUCCCAUGCCAUCCCCAGGGGAAGCCAUACUCUCCGCCCCCACCACCAGUCCUGUGCCACCGCCACAGCCACCAGAUGAUAACACAGAUGGCAUCAUCUCAAUCCUGGACAUUAGCAUCUACUACCGGGGGAAGCUCUUCCACCAGGAGGUGGUGAGAAGCAGCCAGUGCCUGCUGGUGUACCAGACCUCUGACCCGGCAGUGGCCCUGCGCCCUGGGCAGCUGGUGCACUUUCCCAGCCCCGCUGAGCUGGCUGAUGGCAAGCAGCGACGUUACACCGAGAAGCUGCUGUACAGCACAGGACUGCAGCUGGAACAACGCGACUGCAAGCUUUUUGCCACCCGCUUGAAGAAGUGCAAGGUCUUCUGGGCCCUGUCCCAGCAGCUUGAGUGCAUCGGAGACCCACCACCCAAUCAGCUCUGCCGGGACCAGGAAACCCCCAUCUUUGACUUCAAUGAGUUUUGCACAGAGCUGAGGGACUUCCGCAAUCACCAAAGGCAACGGUCGCCUGACUUCACGAUCUACCUCUGCUUCGGGCAGUCCUUCAAGCGCAAGCCCAAGGAAUCCAAGCUCAUCCUGGUCAAGCUGGUGCCCAAGUUCUGCGAGUACUGGUACGAGCAGGUGCUGCGGGAGGGAGCCUCCUCCCUUGACAGUGGCACCAUCAGCCUGCAGCUCUCCAACUCAUUCAGCCUCUUCGAGCUCAUUGAGCAGUACGACAUGCAGACGGACUGAUCCCCCCAGCCCUGCUCCCUGUGGCCUGGGAUAGGCACCAGCGAGCCAGGGACCACUGAGGGCCAAUACAAACCAGCAUCCCUCCAGUAACACCAUGGCAGGUUGACUAUAGUGCAGACCUUUCUUCCUCUGCUCCCCCCUACGCCAAGGAAUGCUUCGCCAGCCGGUCCUGGACCUAACAAAUCGCUUCUUCCCUGCACCAGCUGCUAACUUGUCUUUUUGUGGAAUGUGGUCAUUUAUAUAUUUAUUUUCCUAAGUGUU